AUGAGAGUCGCAGUAUUAGGUGCUACAGGGCUCGGUGGCUCUCACGCCUGUCGAGAACUACUCAACCGGGGCCACACCGUAACAGGUCUAUCACGAAGCCCAGAGAAGCUCGGCAAGCACAAGGACUACAGCCCUGUCAAACUAGACGUCGACCAGGCCAGCAUCGCUGAGAUCGUUCCCGCGUUCCAAGGCUUCGAUGCUCUGAUCAACGCCUAUAAUGGCGCAAACAACUACAUGACCUUUAUCGAGACGACUCGCAAGAUCCUGCUCGCCGCCAAAGCCGCGAAAGUAGGCUACUUCAUCAUGAUCGGAGGAUCUGGGAGCCUGAUCAUCGAGGAGCCAUAUACCACUGCCGCCGACUCGCGCGAAUGGUGGUUAGCUUACCGUCGCGCUAACGCGGACAGCGAGGCCGCUACGGAACAUAUGGCGGAACGAUUCGCAGGAGCUGCCGAUUUCGUCAGGGGGUACCGCAAGGCUCGAGUCAAUCUGCUCGCGGGCAAAGCGGGCGAGGAGGACCAGAAGAUGCUUAAGCAGGUAGACGACCAGGUUCUCCGUAGCGAUGACUGGAUUCCAAAUCUGCCGCUGGCCGCGCGAGCCUGCUUCCCCAUGUUCGAGGGCAACACUUCGUUCAAGUGGACAUUUGUGUCGCCUCCAGCUCGGUAUUGGCCAGGUCCGAGAACUGGGAAGUACGAUGUCUGGAUUGAUAAGUUGCCUAUGCUGGAGAAGGCGGCGACGAAAAGCCUUGAUGGGAAUCAGUACGAGGGAAGGCUGCUGAAGGUCUCCGUGGCAGAUCUGGCUGUAGCGAUUGUUGAUGAGGCAGAGAAGCAGGAGAAGGUUGGGAAGCAUUGGAGUGCUGUUUCUGAAUGGGACGGCGAUGUACCCUAUCCGAAUAAUGCGACUAUCUAG